AUGAAGAAACGGCCCAACAAUUGUGGAUCCGAUAUUUUACAGCCAGAAGAGAACGAGAUCCUGUUCGAAUGUCUAUCUCGGGAUUCAUACUCCCUCUACGCGGCUGUUGUUGAGAUUGCUGAAGGACAGGGCGGAAGAUGGGUGCCAACACAUCGGGGUGUGAUAUCAUUGGUGAAAGACUACCCGCAACGAUCCUAUUUCCUCCGUCUCUACGAUAUAUUGGAUCGAGUGGUGCUCUGGACGGAGAGAAUGGGCAAGAAUUUCACGGUCACUUCAUACUCGAAUUGCCCGUAUCUACUGACUUUUGAGGAUGAGCAUGGCCGCGUGAUCGGACUGAACUUUGCGAGUCCGAACGAGGCCGUCAAAUUCAAGGGGCAUAUCGACAAGAGGAAUGAGGCCGAGAGGAGAUCCAUUUCAGAUCAGCAGAAAAGCCAGAGUCCGGCCCCAGUUGGAUACGCCGCGACAACUGGACCCAUUGUUGGGUAUGGCACUCGACCGGUGGCCACCGUCACUCCGGCCUUCAAUGCUAAUGGCGUGACGGUGCCGACGAACGUGGCCUCCCCACAAGCCGAGAAAGAACGCAACUUUUUCGGGUUUGGCACCAAAAAGAAGAAGGAUAAGAAACGGAUCCGGAAGGAGGACAUCUCGAAUCCCACCAAUUUUGAACACAAGGCGCACGUGGGCUGGGACCAGGACAACGGCUUCUCCCAAAAACUGUACACCAACGACCAAAUAGACGAGAGCGUGGCCGAGAUUAUCAAGGCAGCCGGGGCAUCAACCGAGAAUAUGGACCGGAAAACCAUCAAAUUCGUCUACGAUUUCAUCGACAGCUAUCAUAAGGACAAUCCGGGACCCUCGCUCGCCUCUAUCCAAAACUUUCCUCCUGCGGUUCAGCAAGCCAAGACGCCAGCUCCGAUGGCCCCGGUCAACAAUAAUUGGUCAUCGGAAUCGUCGACACCUCCGCCACCAACUCGAGGGGCCAGUAGGAUGCAACAGGAGCAGCACUACGGUACAACGGCCACUUCUGUACCGCCCAGCAGACCACCACCACCUCCACCUGGACAGCAGAUUCGACCGCUGCCAAAGGUGCCCUCCUCGCAGCCGAUCGCCGGCCGCCCCGACCUUGGCCCUCCACCACCUCCAAAUACUGGUGGAGGUGGUCCUCCUCCGCCCCCUCCUCCCCCGCCACCACCACCCGGAUAUUUGACUGGAGCAGGAGGCGGUGGUGCUCCUCCGCCUCCCCCUCCUCCUCCACCUCCUGGUGGUGCUCCUCCUCCUUCAUCUACUCCGGCUGUCAAUCCACUCAAGGGACUCCCGUCUGCCCAGCCCAAUCGAGGAAAUCUGCUCGCGGAGAUCCAGGCGGGAAAAGCUCUGAAGAGUGUCGGCGCCUCGCCCCAACAACCCUCAACGCCAAAAGCCGGUGAUGCGCGUGGGGAUUUGAUGGAACAGCUCAGGGCCGGCGCACAGUUGAAACAUGUGGACGUGCAGUCGACGGAGAAGCGGCGCUCGACACAGAAUGUGGGUGAUGUGGGCGGAUUGGCCGGGGCACUGGCCCGAGCACUGGCUGAUAGAAGGAAUCGACUCUCUUCCGACUCGGAUUCUGAUGAUGAAGAAGAAGAGAACAACGAAUGGUCUGACGGG